AUGUCCUUGUUCCGAAUCGAUCGAAUUUUGAGUGGAAUGGGACUUUGUUCCCGAAGUGAAGCCAUUUCAUUUAUUAGAAAAAACGAAAUUAUUGAUCCCAUUAAAAAACAACGUAUCCUGUCGUUAAAACACAAAAUACUGGAACAAGAUAUUUCCAAACUUCUCGUCAAUGGAGCUCCUUUUCAAUUUCCAACUCUCAAUUUAACCAUAGCUUUAAAUAAGCCAAUUGGAUAUUUAUGUUCCACUGUACGGGAGGACUCGAAUCACAAGUUAAUUUAUGAUUUAUUACCACAAGAAUUUUCUCAUAGGCAUCCAACACUUGGCUAUGUUGGUAGAUUGGAUCUCGACAGCUCUGGACUUCUUCUAUUGACACAAGAUGGUGAUUUUCAUCAUCGAGUAUUGCGGAAUGACAUUGAAAAGAGAUAUGAAGUGAGUUUUAUUCCUGAAAUUACUUCAGAGCAGGAAUUAGAAGAGAUGAAGAGAACAUUCUUUUCUGGGGAGUUGCAAUUAAGGAGUGAAGAAAAAGCUCUCCGACCCAUUACUAAUUUUGAAUUUAUUAAUCCGUCAACGAUAUCUAUUUCGAUAGUAGAAGGAAAAUAUCAUCAAGUGAGACGUAUGUUUGCAGCGUGUUCUAAGAGAGUAGUUGCUCUGAAGAGAACACACAUUGGAGAGAUUUCUUUGGAGGAUCUUGGAAUUGAAAGUCCAGGUGAUUGCAGCAAUAGAACGAUAAUAAUGAAACCACCCACCACCGAAGCAAUGACUGCUCCAUCGGUUCUUAAUAACUUGCUCGAAACAAUAUUUGAGACGAAUAGUUUUGCAUUGUCUUACAAUUUUUCUACCUUUGUCACAGCUGGUAUGAAAUAUGCAACAAUAAGAUUUGUAAUGUAUGAUUCUAAAACUGCAGAAACAAAGUUUGGCAUCUCAUCUAAUUUGCUCACAGUUAAAACUAAGGUCGUUGAUUUUUCAGUUAUUCCUGAACUUUCGUAUUCUCCAUUAAAGAUCACUGGAUCCAACAUGGUUCAGUUGACAUUGGAAACCAGUGACACACUGGCUACAACAACCAUCCAAAAACUAGAGUGCAGAAAAUGGAACACAAAUAUUUUCAGUGUCACUGACAGUACUUGUAAAGUUGGAACUCUAACCAGUGAUAUUACCGCUUUGACAAUGAGCAGCACAGGUGUUUUGAGCGUCGUAGAUGUUGUGAAUGGCUGGAGGCCUCUUGCUCGUUUUCUUCCUCUCGGAGGUGAUAAAGUGGAUGAGUUCGGAAAUCAGAGCGGCCAAUAUUCCACGAGAAAAUUAGUCUAUUCUUCAUCGAGAAUUAUUCUUGAUGUUGCUCCCAGCAGAAAUACCUCAAAAUGUUUCAACCCUGACACUUCAAAACAGCAAGAACCUUCAGUGAUAUUGCAGAUGGAUGAAAGAUCCUUAAUUAGCCAAGAAGCUCACGUGCUGCAUAGGCUAUUUGACAGCGGUCAUGCAGAAUUCAUGUAUAGAAGCAAACAAAAUGUAAAUAUUUAUAAUGUCACUCAGGAGCUCUAUAUGGCUCCUGGAAAUGUGAGAACAUCCUCUCCACAAGCAUUCAAAAUUCUGUCAUUGUCAUCAUUGAAUGAUCAAAUUAUGUGUUGUAGAGAUGGAUUUUUAACACAGCUUACACAAGACCACAUUGUGGUCACACACUUUAACACAGGAAUGAAAAGAAUUAUGGACUGUAGCAUUACCUCAGAGAGAAACAUUACCGUUAUAAACAUUUUAGGAAUUCAAUCCAUGGAAGGAGGAUUAACUUCAGCCACAGUAAUGAGAAUAGAGUGGGAAGAUUUAGCAUCAAGAUCUGUUGAAAUAUUUGCUCUUGAAAAACAGAAAGACCAGCAAUAUAUUGAUUCAUUUUUUGGUCGGAUCUUAACAACAACUACGGACCAAAUAAUGAUUGCUGGAUCUGCUCUAGAUCAUUAUUUCAAAAUAUUUAGAAUAAGUAAGAGCGAUAUCGCCAUUAUGAGUGAAUCUGUCAUUAAUUUGGACGCACUUUCAACGCAGUAUCACUUACCUCAAUUAUUUAACCAGCUUGCUCUUCCUUGCGAAUUAUUCGAAGACAGCCAAAAAGCAACAAUAUUUACUGUGGCAUUGAGUUCUGCAAGAACAUCGCUCUCGUUGAUAUCAAUGGAAGCCAGCACUUCUCAAGAGAGUGUUUUCAUUUUAAAGGAGAAUUUAUUGCUUGUUGAUUUAAUAUCAGAUGUAAACAAGUCCACUAUAGACAAUAUUUUUUUGUUUAGAGGAGAAAACCUUCCAUUAGUGGUAACAUAUAGCACAGAAAGAGUCUACCAUUCUGCUAUCUACAGAAACGAAGGAAAGUUAGCACUAUAUUCCUCAGACAUCCCAUUAAUAUCGUCGAAAGGUGGAAAGCUUCAUAACAUGAUGAUGAUCAAUUAUUGUGAUGACCUAACCAGAACACUGUUUGUAGAAAUCAGGGAAAAACGAAUUUUAACAUUCACUUCUACUUUGAAAAACUCUACUUCAUCACUGAACGAUUACAAAAUUGGAUUUGCUAGCGACUGGAUGCCAGCAUCAGUUGAAGGAAAGAGGAUUCAAUUAUUUGACGACUAUUUAUUUGAUGGAAAUGCUACUACUUUCAAUACUAACAGCACAUCUGUUGCUGAAAUUCGAUAUUCCAUCAAUAACCCUGAAGUUGGAACGAAAGCAACAGCUAUUCAUCUUAUUCGAUUUGAAUUUGACCCACAAAAAUAUUUCAUUCAUGUCCUAGAAACUCUGCUCAUGAUUUCUUAUAACCCAACACCUGAAAUAUCAAAGGACCUUGUUUCUUUCUUUCCGUACUCAAAUGAUACACUACUUGUUGCUGUUAAUUCUAGAAAUGGCUCUCAUAUUUAUUCAGAGCUUAUUGAAUUUCAAACACAAGAUUGGACCAUCACAAGAAGGAAACAAUUGGAAAAUACUAUUUUUACAGAUUCUCUUUACAUUUAUAACGACUACUUGUAUCUAGCGAACGCAACAUCUAGCGUUGCAAUUUUGAGUUUGGAAGAUUUUUCAUCAUUCUUCUUGCCAUUAGACAAUACAGCAACCACUGCUGGUCAAAUAGAGAAGACAGUGAAAAUUUCAUCCAUCAUUCACAAAAAUAUGUCUCAGCUCAUUGAGACCGACCCUAAACCUGUGUUUCCGUUGCAACCUUAUAUUUUCUAUGCAACAUCAAAAGGAAAAAUUUAUCAGAUGGAGCUUAAUGGAAAAUAUACGUACAUUGAUUACGAGAAUACAAUCUCAGUGAAGAACACAUCAUUGAUACCCAUGUCUGGCAUUUUUUUCAAUCUUCACCUUUAUGUGACAUACUAUCCAGGCCAAAUAUUGGAUGUUGAAUUCCGAGAAACAUUUAAGAAUGGAAAAUAUGCACUCGUACCAAUUAGUCAGAAAUUUUACGACCUUCCUUUUAUUCAGAGUACUCAAGAUGUUUACUCUACCAAAUGGACAGCAGAAAUUGAUUGCUACGCUGAGUACACUUACUUUACUGGUGACGAUGAAGCCAUUUACAAGUUGGAGAUGAGAUCUGUUCCUUUUGCUUUGUAUGAUAUUGAACCAGUUAACAUUUAUCAAAUAGCAGACAUGAAAACAGCGGAUACAAGUGGAACUCUUUUAUUAAUUGAUCUAAAAGGACAUAUUAUAAUCAGGGACAUUUCGUUAUAUCCAGAUAUUAGAUUUUACCUUGUGAUUGCCGUAAUUUCCUUGCUCAGUGUGACACUGUUUGUUAUCAGUAUUGUGUGUAUCAUUCCUGUUAUUAUGAGAUACAAGAGAAGACGAUUAAUUUCUGAGAAGAGAAAGACAUUCAGAGAACUCAUUGUGAAAAGUAGCGUUGGCGAGCUUACCAUUCAAAAGAGAUUAUAUUUAGUGAGUUCACAUAAUAUUUUCAUCAAGAAGAAGUUCAGACCCACUAAUUUGAUCACCAACAUGCCUCAUUCAUUGGGGCCUCAUGGAAUCAUGUUUGAUGCAACUCUUUCCAAUACUCCCAUCAUGAUGAAGAAAAUGACAACUCCUUUCAAUGUUUACAGAGAAGAUUUGAUUGAGGAAGCCAAACAAUUAGCUGUCCUAAGACAUAGAAACAUUCAAAGCUAUCUUGGAAUCUCAAUAGAUGAUACGAACAUCAAAUAUAUUGUUUAUGAAAAAUUGCCAGACUACAUUUGCUCUUUGAGAGAAUAUGUUGAAGCUGGUAUUAUUAACGCAAGUCCAAAUGUACAACAAGCUAAAAAAGAUUCUCUUGAAAAGUAUCUUAUUUCCUUCCAAGAGAAACUUCAAUUAGUUCGAGAUGCCAUGAACGGCUUAUCCUAUCUUCAUAAAAAGGGAUUCCAAAUUCAUGGAAAUCUCAAACCAAGUAAUAUUUUAGUACAUUAUGUGGAACCAAAGGAGUCAAGAACAAUUCCAGAAGAAGAAAAUGAAAAGUCUAAACUGGCGUCAAGUAUCAAUAACUUUGUUGCUGGUAGAAAUGUUGCACGAGUUACGGAUUAUGGAUUUUUACGGUAUUGCAAGGAUGUUGUAUUCAGUGAAACAGAUCUCAUGUUCAAAAGUCCUGAAGUGCUUCAACAGAAAGAAUCCACUCCUUUAAACCUUGAUUUUAAGAGCGACAUUUACGAAUUGUCAAUGGUCAUGUUUUCCUUGUUUUUCCUUAAAAUGCCUUAUGAAGUUGUGAACACAUCUCAAAUAAUAAGUGGAGAGUUGAGACCACAAUUUCCAUUUGAUCUGCAACGAGAUGACUCUAUUUGGAAUUGGUUUAACACUCAUUACGAAAAUGAUGAUUAUUUAGGAGCAAUCAGUUUCAAUAUUCUGCAUCAUGAUCCAAACAAAACCAAGUCAUCUCUCAUCAAGAACAUGAAAAAGAUUUGCUCAACUUUGGAAUCCAUGUGGUCAUCGAAUCCAAAUGAACGACCUACAGCACGACAACUAUUGGACAAUCUCAAAGACGUUCUACCUUAA